AUGAAGCGCCCGUUUCUGAAUCUGGUUCUGGGCAGCCACAAGACCGGAUCUUUCGCGCUACGCCGCAUCAAGACGGCGAGCUUCUUCCACCCAAAGAAGCAGACCGGAUGCCCAACACCGGCGGCCGUGGAACUUGCCGAGCUGCCUGAACCAACGCUGUCCUUCGGCGCUCCUCCCUGCCCGGAGGAGGAGGGCCGCGCCGGGACCGGGAGGAUGACGAUGCGCUUCAUGCCCCUCGGCAGCAACGCGGACAAGAUCGUCAGCACGGACCAGGACGGCAACGUGCUGCUGUACGACGUCUGCGGGAACAAGGUGCGCUCCUUGUCCAGGCUCACCGGGCGCAUGCGGAGCCCCAUCCCCAUCGCCGCCGGCGACGCCCUCUACCUCAUCGAGGCGUGCCCCCGCAAGACCGACCCCGAUCAGCCCCAUCACUGCAGCUUCAAGGCCCUCGUCCACGGGGAACCGCCCGAGGGCGUCCGCGGUUCGCCGGGGUGGCACUGGCACGCGCUCCCGCCGCCUCCCUACGUGCAGAACCCCGGCUACGAACUCAAGCGCGGGCCCUCCUCCGGCGGAUGCAGGAUCGCCUCCUGGGCGGUGGUCGGCGACACCAUCUGCAUAUCCCACGACCACGAAAGCACCUGCUCCUUCGACACGACUAGCCGCGAGUGGAGCCACGCCGGUGGCUGGAUCAGGAACAUGCUAGGCCGCGCCGAGCAUGUCCCCGAGCGCGACCGCUUGUUCGGCUUCCGCUUUGUUUCCAGUGGAGACAACCAGCUGUUCUGCGCCUCGAACCCCGGCAAGCGGCCGACGCUGCAAGACAGCGACAGCGUCUGGGAAGAAGAAGCGCCCGAGGACGAGCCCCGCGGCUGGUCGCCCGACUUUGCGAGGGCGCGCGGGGACUGGCACUCCCACCACCUUGUGCACCUGGGCUCCGGCAGGUUCUGCACCGCCAGGUUUUACGACCGCGCGGGGGAGAGGUUUGUCGUCUUCGCCGGCGUGGAGGUCGACCGGGGUCUCAACAUGGUCAAGCACAAAUCGCUGCGGUACAACUUGGACGAUGAGCCGCUCCAAUGGGUAUUUUAG